GGAUAUCCUAAUCUGUACAGUCUACUGCUGAAGACCAAGCUUUACGUUGACGUUAAAGCUGCCCAAGUCAUCGAAUCAUAAAUGUAACGGCGAGUGCAUCAACAAUGACAAGAGGUAUAAUAGUAUGCAGCAUUUCCCAGUCACAAACCAGCAACAAUGUUGUUGAAAUCAUUAAACAAUUAUGUCCCGGAGAGAAAGUUACUUUCCAACUAGCACAAAAGAAAACUCGUUUUGAUUGCAGGAAGGUUGUCUUCUGCCAUUCCAGUUUAGAAGGUCGCCUGGCAUUGACCGACGUCAACGACUCCAUCUAUGACGAUGCCAUCGCUCAAGCCAACAAGAUAGUUGGCAAAGAAAAUGUAACUUUCAUUGUUACUAAAGUGCCGGCCGGAGACGCCAAGCUGAGAAGGAGGAUGAUAACAAAUGCACAACCCACGCUGAUUUUAAACAUUGGAAUGCUCCUAUUGGUUGACAGUGUUGAUGACAUCACUCAUUUAGACCAGGAUAACGUCAAUAAACUGAACAAAUUUCUAAAUAGAACGGCUUAUACCACUGAUUAUACUGGGAAUGUAGACUACACCAACAAACAAGAAUUGGGACCGGAUGAUCGUAACGGUGGUCAUGUUUCUCCAAAUUCUAUGUCUGUUACAUAUUUCCUGCUACUGAUAAUACUACUUUGUUUAGCCGUUGUUUACAACCAGCAAAUAAAGCAAGAGCGUCAGAUCAAAGAUUUUAGUGAACAAGUGUCUGGACUGAUCCUUUUGUUAAAUAAUUCGAUUAUUGAGCUUGAGAAAAAUGUACAAAGACAAGCAAAAAUUAUUGAAGAUGAAAAGUCAUCGAUGGAAACAAAGUUGACGGAAUACAUAAAACACACAGAGAACACACUUCAGAUUAUAAAUGAUGCGAUGGCGAAUAUUACCAGGCGAAUAAUUGUAAUUUAUGGUGAGCUGCGAAGUAAUAAAUAUAAGCAAAACAAACAGAAAAUGCAAGAAAAAAUAAUCACUACGCAACAAUUAGACAAAUUAGAAAAAACACAGGAGAAUAUUAAAAUUAUGCAAAGCAAUACAGAUAAACAAUUGUUCGAAUUAGUCGUUAUUUCUGCUGAUGCGAAGCAGCUAUUACAGAGAUCAAAGCAAUGCGAAAGUGUUACUAGACCUACACCACAGGUUGACUCAUCUAAUCGGUCAAAAGGCAACAGUUUUAGCUCGUUUCUAAGCUCUAUGUGGAGUUACAUUGCUUCAAAGUCUUAGAAAUAUAUAUAACAAUUGCAUAACAUAGCAAGACUUGAAUUCAAUCGCCGUGUGAAUGUGAUGCCAGGGUAAAAUAUAACUUGCAAAAUGUUAUUGAUAAUUGUAACUUUAAACGAAGAUAUAUACGAAAUUAGUGUUGCAUAUGGGGGAAUUACAACAGAAUCUCAAAAUUUAAGGGAAAUAUGCAUCUCUUUUGUUGCGUAUUUGAGCCAAGUAGUUUACCCUUACGUUCCCUCUUCAUUCAAAAUGAGUAUUCAAGUAGGUUUAAAUACCGAUCAUGGUUUUUGCAAAAAUUAUGAAGUACUCCCAAGGCUGCCGAGUUCAUUCCAAAUAUGUGGUGUUUUCGGGUCACUGGUCCAAAUUCAUGGAAUGGGUACUCACCGUCUUUCUUACAUAAGCAUCGACUCAACGGGAACUUUUUAUUUGAAUUCCUACUUUUGUUCUAUGCAUGCUUCUCUGGUUGACAACAAUUGAUGUACUGUGGAGUACAUUGAACCAACACACCUUAAUUUCUCUUAAAGUUAAUGCCAGGAACCUAGGACAUGUCGUUUAUCAAAAUGUACUCAUUUUUCCAAAUAUGAUAAUGAAAUUGCAGACACGUCACAAUCAUUACAUUACUUGUAAAUGUUGUGUAUUUCAAUAAGAUAUAUGUAAUUUUGUUCAUUUUGUUCUGUAUGGUGAUCCUGGCUUAUAUAUUUAUAUGUAUUGCUUUAAGCUACCGCUUUGUAUUGUCUUUUUUAUACCCUUUAAAAUAAAGAAAUAAACAAUAAAGUAAAGGUUAUUUCUGAUAACAAUAUUAGUAAUAUUUCGUUGUUAUAUAUAUAACAUUGUUUUAUAUAUAUAUAUAUAUAUAUAAAAUUUGAUGACCCUCUAUCCGUGAAACUCCCUCUUCGGACCCCUCUAUUUCAAAUUCCUAGAUCCGCCACUGUU